AUGAAUGGAAGGGUUAAAGCAGCUGGUCUUGAGAGUUUCAUGAUAUGCAAUCUACCCUCGGUGGAUAAGGCCAUGUUGUCGGCAGUUGUGGAGAGAUGGAAUCCGGAUAUGUCAUCUUUUCAUAUGUCGUUCGGGGAGAUGAGUAUCACCCUAGAUGAUGUGGAUUCAUUGCUACAUAUCCCUGUCACGUGGAUUUUUUUUACUCUCGCAAAUUCGACUCGAGAUGAAGUUGUUGUUGUGUUGGUCAAUGAGCUUGGUAUUACCCAUGCUAAGGUUGAAGACGAGGCUCGCUUGUGCAAUGGAUCGUAUGCUCGUUAUACAUGGCUUGAGAAGUUGGUUGAGAACAUGGUCACAUACAAAAGAACGAAGACAACUGCUAGCGCAUUCUUGCUGUAA